AUGGUCGCGUUAUUGACUAAAAGCGAUGAAGAGGUUUGCUACGAUAUAAUUGAUUGUUUUGAAGGAUUAACUGUAUUCAAUAAAACGUAUCUGCCAGAGCCACCAGAAAAAAUCGCAACAUCGUUCAGAGUUUUCACCAAACCCAAUCCAUUUCGUUUUAAAGAAAUACAUUAUCGCAAUGAAUCCUCACUGUCCUUAGUGAAAAAAUCAUCUCCAAUUGUCUUUAUUAUCCAUGGUUGGGUGAUUGCAUCAGAUUCAUUGAUGUACAUUCAACUGCGACAUGAAUUAUUUAACCAAUAUGAAACAGUUGUUUCUGUUGAUUGGCGUAAUGGAGCAGACGCUGAUUCAUACCCGCAAUCAGCUGUGAAUACAGCAAUAGUUGGUCGUGAAACGGGUUAUCUGAUCAAGCUACUCUUAGAUAAACGCGAAAUCGAGCCAGAUCAAGUCUAUCUCAUUGGAUUUAGUCUAGGAGCUCAUGUUGCUGGUGCAGCAGGUCGUUGGCUUUCAAAUAAAUACAGCAGCAAGGUAGCUCGUAUAACAGCAUUAGAUGGCGCUGGCCCACUUAUUGGUGGUACGAAAUAUUCAUUGAAAAUAGGCGAUGCAGCGUUAGUUGACGCUAUUCAUACUAAUGGAGGCGAUAUUGAAAAUCAAUUUAUCGGUCAUCUUGGUUAUGCUAGUCCAUUAGGUGAUCUCGAUUUUUUUCCUAAUGGUGGCCAAGAUCAACCUAACUGUGCCAAGAAUACAGCUGAUGUCACUUGUAAUCAUCACGCGGCAAUCUAUUACUACAUUUCUUCGAUAAAAACUUGCUCCUAUGUAGCGACAAAAUGUAACUCUUGGUCUACCUAUCUUCAAGGUAAUUGUUCCUAUCCCGAUACCAUGACUGCUCGAAUGGGUUUUUAUUCUUUCCAGUCUCAAUAUCGGGGCUCUUUCUAUCUGGUCACCUCUGAAUUUUCACCUUACUGUGAGGUGAACAGGAAACAAAAAUUUCCAUUUAGCCGUCUAAAUGACCCUGAGAAAAACUAGUGAAACAAUUGAAUCCCGUUACAAUCAUUAACAGCAUUAUGCCCAUUAUGCCCAUCACCAUCAUCACCAUCAACAUCAUCAACAUCAUUAUCAUUUUAUCGCAGUUAAACAACAACAA